CCAUUCCACGCUCGUGUUCAAGUCAAAUUACCUAGUCUGACUCCAGUUUCCUGGUAGCUGUAUAAAGGUGCCCCUGCUGUGGCAGUUCCCCAGUUGCCAGUGCACGUCGAAGAUGAGGCCUCUUCUGGUGCUGCUGCUUCAAGCUGCUGUGUGUGCUGCUGUGGCUCAGGCCCUGCAUUGCCAUGUGUGCUGUGGCCAUGAGAACUGCGAGUCUCUAGUGGAGUGUGCCCCAACGGACAUGUACUGUGUGAUCACACGGGCGACCAACCCCGGAGGCAUGCUGGUCAUGAAGUCUUGUGCUCCAACCUGCCCCAACAGCACUGUGUCCUCAGAUGGCCGUGCCCUGUCCAUUUCGUGCUGCCAGAACACCCGGUGCAACAGUGCAGCUUCAGGCCUAACAUCCAGUUUUGGAGCCCUCUGGGCCAGCUCCUCAGCCAGCCUGCUGUGGGCACUGCUCCAGGUAGCCUGGUGAAGUCCAGGAUAACUGGGCUCUCCUGUUGCCCCUUCAAGCUCUUCAAGGUGAAGUUUCUGCCCACUUUCUCUUCUUUCUCAAUUAAAGCUUUUGGCUAUAAAUUA